UAAAAACACAAAAAGCCCCAAAAUGCCGGUUGAAAUUGCAAAACAAAAAGUCUCGUUGAUAGGAUCAAAGUCGACUAGCAAACUCAUUGUAGCUAGUAUAGUAUCAGCUAGGGUAGAACCAACAUUAGCAAAGAAACUAUUAAAUGCAUUUACAGAGUCCAAUUCAAUAGUAUUUCAUCAUCAGAUCUAAUAUUACCUUUAUGAUAAUUUUUAUUAGAAAAAAUAAAUUAGACAAAAUGGUUUUAAUAACUUUCCAUAAUUUUCUUGAGUCAGAUAAUGUACAUGUAGUAUACAUUACAACUUAUAAAAUAAACUUGGAUUUCUUUGACUAGAAUAGUGUGCGACACAGUGCCGGUAACAGAACACGGGCCGCGGGAGAUGCAGGCUACUUUGCCAGGGAGAAUGGACUUGGACCUUCAGCAGGCCGACAACGUUUGUGGCGUGCAUGUGACGCCUAACCCCGCAUAAUUACAAUCUUUUAUGCACACAGUACAGAUCAAAGUUGUAUACUAGGCAUAAUUUCCAGCCUUUCCCAGCAGCGAACUGCUGCAACUGUUUUUCUGUUACAGUCUACGGCAUUUCCCUGUAAACAAUUAAGAGAAAGGCACAGCUGGCGUGGAGGCCGCAUUGCGUUAUCAACAAUUUCCCCUAUGUUUUGCAAUGUAUGAUAAACAAAGCGGGAGCGGCAUAUUGCGUGCGAGGGGAAUCCCCAUACGGCGACGCUGUGAGUCAAUGCUCUCCGGUACCUACAUGUGUACGUUACUUACCGUUACUUCUGAUAAUACGUGUAUCUCGCGACGAUAAAAACUACGUCUCUUGCAAACAUGGAUCAGAUCCAUGGAAAACGUGGAUCGUCCAGGAUCACUGCGAUUAAGUGCUUUUACUUGAUGUUGUUUUGGACGUAAAAGUUAUUUCAUUUUCAACACGUGAUGAUGCACGGCAAGUCCUACAACAAAUAACAUCCACUUCAAGUUGAACACUGUCACUGACAUCAUCACCACUUCAUGGCCACCAUGGAAAGAACUCACUGCAAAAUCUGUGAAGUACACUUUACUUCUGAAAGUCAUGCAGUGUCUCACUACACUGGGAAAAAGCAUAAGAAAAAAGUGGACUACACCCGACCAAGACCUGCUGGGACUGGGAGGAGUCGGCACUCGCCUCAUUCUUCAACCAGUGAAGUUGAUGCAGACCAGUCUCCAUCUCCAAAUCCAGAUGUUGACCAAUCAAGAGAUAGUGACACUUCACCUAUAAGAUCAUGGCAAUCCGAUUUUGAUAGUCCCAGCAAACCAAAUGAAUCAGGUCAUUAUUAUUACUGCAAAAUCUGCAGCAAGAACUUCUCAGGGCCAGCACCAAUGAAGCAGCACAUGGAGGGUUCUGCCCAUGAAAAGCAACUAAAAAAAGUUCGCAGAGCAGCAGGCAUCUCAAAACUGCAAGUUGAGGAUCUCUCAGCACAACCCAGAGUGUCAAAUUUCACUGGGAUGGAGCCCUCAAAGAAAGAAUCUUCCCUCAACUUUCAAGCUUUUCCUCGCCAGGCUAAGAAAUCCUACGGUCCCCGGUUGAGACACUCGGGUAUGGGCUCCAGUCAAUUCCUCUGUGGGGAAAGGGCCACAAUACGAAGUGAUCUGAUAAACAUAUGCAUGGAGAAGAUCAAGUUUGAAAUGUCCCGGAUCAUCCCCAUUAUUGCAGAAUCUGUUGUGGAUGCCGUGCUGAACAGUCUUCCUGACAAUGCUGCACAAGAAACUGAUGCAGGACAAGAUGUUGCAGAUAAACCAAAGGAUAACUCUGCAGAUAUGGAUAAUACAAUCUCCACUCAUCCACCAAUGGAGACAAUGAAAGGUUGUCGAUCAGGUGAUGAAUCUGGAGUUUCUCUUGAUACUGCAUACGGGGGUAAGCCAAAUCACAGCAGUGCAGGAGAAAGUGCCCAAAAUUCUGAUGAUGACAGCCAUCCAGACAGCCAAGCCAGACAGAAACAACUUCAAGAAGAGAUGGAAGAAGUCGAUUUAGAAGGGAAGAAGGCUUCACAUGCAGGUCCUGAUCAAAUCACAGGUGGAUCCAGUAAGCAAGGUUUUUGUUACAACCGAGGAGAUUUGGGCGAGUAUUCUCACAUUGAAAAUGACUUGGAUGGGCCUCGCUUUCCUGGACAUCAUGGACAAAAGCAGAAUCCGAAUUUCAGGAAUAUCAGAUCUGUAGGCAGUUGCAGGGGGAAUGCCAGUGACUACGAAGAGAAGGUAGGAUCUGAUGGCAAUGGUGGAAUUCGACUAGGAAGUCAAUCACAGCAAUACGUGGAUGCAGGACUAAGACAAACGUCUUUUAGUUUGGAAAGGGCUGUCAAUGAAGGUGAAGAAAAUGUGGCAAUGGAGUUUGGCUUUGGUGAGUUAGGAACGGAGGAGCGAUACUGUAGCAUCACAUCUCAAGAUCUUAUGGACUUUGGGGAGCAGAGGGAUUUAGAAAAUGAGCAGUAUUACCCUCGUGUUUCCAUGGCAACCAAUGGGUCCAAUCUUCAACAAAAGCAAGUCCACUAUACUGCUGUGCAGCAGCCAUACAGCACAAGGUGUGCAUCAACUGACGAACACACACUAACAAAUAUCCCCCAGCUGAAAAUGGGGAGUGGUCCCCCCGGAUUGCAAAGCUAUGCAGUUUGCUUGUCACCACAUGAUCAUCCCUGUGAGCUUUGCCCAGAGGAGCCACCCGAAGAUGGAGAGACAUCUGAUGUGAAGGAUCUCAUGAAUGUGGUAACUGAAAUUAUCCGUGAACUGGACAUUCAAGCUCAAGACAAUACUCCUCCAUAUCCAGUCCACGCAACAACUACUGAGAGUUCUAUGUACACCAUAACAACAGAGCCUUAACAAACUUGCUAAACCUUGGCAUUUUUGUCAUGUUUGGCUCCAGGCUUAAAUUUAUGUAAUUUCAGGCCCUAUUUGGGCACUUUAGCACAACAGUUGUCCAUUUUUGCAUUCAGAAUAUGAAUGUCUCUGAGGCUAAAGUUUAAAGUACAUCUCUCAUUUGAGCAUUAAAAGGCUACACUACAGUUGUCUUAUUAUGUAAAGUACUAUGUGCAUUAACAACCAAAGUGCUGUUCAGUUUGCAACUUGACCGUGCUUCCCUCUAGCUUUGAAGCAUACCGUACUUAGUGCUUUACAAGAUACAGGUAGCUUGUUUUUCAGGUAAAUUCCCCACCUUCACAAGGUUGUAUACACAAAAAUGGGAACUCAAUCCAGCAUUUAAAGUGUUCACAGGACGAUUUCUUAGUGGAAACGUUUUUUAUAAAUGCUCGAUUUUAAGAUAAUGAAGUUCAAAAUAAUGGACAUGAAACAUAUACAAAAAGGCGUUAAUUCUAACCAAAUUGAUCAAAUAUCCAAUCCAAUGAAGAGAAUAGGAUUUCAUUGGUUUUUGGAAUGGGAACCUCUUAACUUAGCCGUCCUACUGUACAGAAAAAAAAUUGACCAGGUUGGUCUGCCAGCCAAAAAUCAAUUAUGCUAAAAGAUCUGCAUACGUUAAUGGACAUGUAGCAGGGGAGUGGAAUCGGUUUCUGUCAUGUGUUUAAAUAAUAUGAAGAUUAGAUGAAGUCAUAGAGCUGUCAAAUGGACCUUUCCAUGAAAUAUGCAAAUAAGGCAGGUACAUACGCAUUACUCUCACUGGUUGGCAAAGUUGCUUAAAUCUGUGACAUAAUACAAAUCUCCAUGCCUGUGCAACUAUGAGCAAACAUACAUGCCGUUUCUGUACUAUUAUAGUUUGACAUGAGUGCCAAACUUAAGACACGUAACUGUUUCCUUCUAACCUCAGAACACUGGAAACUUCAAUUACAUGUAGUUUUGAAAAAAGCAUGCAGAAGUAUUGGACAAAGGCUGUAAUAUGGUUUUGACUGACCUUCAACACGCCAGGUAAUGCUUACAGCAGCACUCCUACACUGCCGACAGUUUUGAUGGCCGUGCUUGCCAACCAGUGGUAGUAGGGCCCAUGCGCCUGUCUAAUUUGCAUAUAUCAUGGGAAAGGUCCAUUACUAGCUUGCGUUACAUGUAACUUCUCAUUCCCCUGAGUGGAACCAGCCCAAGUACGGACAUUUGUGCAUUUGCAGAACACAAUGACAUAAGAUAAGACAAAUUUUGAAUUAUAUACUCUAAAUGCAAUGCCCAAGUAUAGCAUGGGCCAAUAACAUAAAAGUACAUUUUUUGUAAGCAGUGUGUCAUUGGCACAUGCUUUACUUGGGAAUUGCAUUUAGAGUAUAUAAUUCAAAAUUUGUCUUAUUUCAUUGUGUUCUGAGUGAUGACAACAGCUAACAACAGUUUAACCAGUGUCACCCAAAUGAAGGAUGGCUUGGACCAUUGCAUUGGCCAUUUGAAAUAAGGCCUUGGGGCAUGGUCAACCACUGGUUAUCAAUAACCAAUUUCAAUGAUCAGUAAGGAGGGAACCUCCUGGGAGAACAUUGUGCAAGAUGUUAUCAAGACGGCCCAGAGUUGCAGCACAGCAAAAAUUUGAAGGUGACUGUUGUGUGUGUGUGCCUGUGUUUUCAAAAGUAAUUAGCCACUGGUUG